AUGGCACGGGGCGAAGACAAGCCGCAAGCGGCUGCUGAAAGUUCGAAGGAGAAGGACGUCCUCAUAUCCGAAGACGGGGCGUCCGCAAAGAAGGGCCGCGGUCUCCUGUCGGUCCCGUCAAGGUCGUCGUCCCAAAGAAUUCAGUCCUCCACAGCGACAGGGCUGAGCGGUGCCACUGCCAACGAUCCGAGAGACAGUAUUGGCGGACACUCUAAGGAAUCCAGAGGAAGACCAACAGCGACUCCCGGCGUUUCAGAACCUAGUUCACCUGCACCUGGGUCGCACAGGAAGAAAAAAGGCGGGUUGCUCGCUUUGUUUGGCUGCUGUGGUGUCCCGGAUACCGCCAACGGUCUCGAUGCCGAACCUGACGUCCCAAGCCACAAACUCGACAAGAUUCCAGCCCGGCCCACAACCGCCAGCCGGAGAACAGCAACGCCGUCUGAACAAGCCUCUGCGAGCAAGACCCAUCUCUCCGAGAAGGGGCCAAGCCAGCAGGUAUCGCCGCCUCCGGGGCCGUCAAAGAACGGGAAGCGGAUCUCCGCCACUAGCACUCAAGACCAAUCCACUGUCGGCGGAGAGCGGGAUACCGAGUCCAAGCAGACGACGCUUGUGAGCCAAGGCUCAAGCAACCCGCUGAUCUCGGUGGAGCCGCCACGCGCGUCGAAUGCGGAUGCGGAGAAGGCGGAAGAGGCGGACGACAAGGAUGCCGAGGGCGAUGUACCUAUGAUGGAUGUUGGCGACAGGCAGCAAGGAACGCAAGGAGCCACGGCAACGGAUGACGAAUCCCUUCGAAGAGUUCCUCCUCCGCCUCCUGGGCCAGUACCCGCUGUUCCUAACGCGCCGUCAAGCACAUUAAUCGAAAGUCCUCCUGUCUUUGCCCCUGACCAACCUCAAAGAUUUCUCUUACCCCCUCAGGCCCCGGAGCUCAAGGGUCGAAAAUGCCUAGUCCUCGACCUGGACGAAACGCUCGUUCACAGCUCUUUCAAGAUCCUUCACCAGGCCGACUUCACAAUACCCGUCGAGAUUGAGGGCAAUUAUCAUAAUGUCUAUGUCAUCAAACGGCCGGGCGUCGAUCAAUUCAUGAAAAGGGUUGGCGAGCUCUACGAGGUUGUUGUGUUUACCGCCUCGGUUUCUAAGUACGGCGACCCGCUCCUUGAUCAGCUGGACAUCCACAAGGUCGUUCACCACCGACUAUUCAGGGAGAGUUGCUACAACCAUCAGGGCAACUAUGUGAAGGAUCUGUCGCAAGUCGGGCGCGACUUGAAGGACACAAUCAUCAUCGACAAUUCGCCAACAUCAUACAUCUUCCACCCGCAACACGCGGUUCCAAUCAGCAGCUGGUUCUCAGAUGCUCACGACAACGAGCUACUAGACCUCAUUCCCGUUCUUGAAGACCUCGCUGGCCCCAACGUGAGGGACGUCAGCAUGGUCCUGGAUGUCACUCUCUGA